GCGCUAGAGAGUUGAUUGUGGCUUCACUUGUUUGACAAUUGCAUCGCUUAUUUUGCGUGGUAGGAAGUGGGCGGUCAGCACAACAAUGUAAUUAUAAAAAUGCGUGUUUGGCGUUCACGGUAUUCAAUGCUCUGAAGAGCAGGCGCGUGCACCAGGCGGAGGCGUACGGUGUUGGAUGUAAAACAAAGACGCGGGCGUCGUGCUGCAGCGCGAGCAGUCAGCUGGCCGCCAGCUAUUUUUAUGCAUAUGUAAAUAUUGCAUUGCUGUAAUGUAUUCCGCGUGCGUUAUGACCGAUUGCGCUCUAGGACCGAGUGGAAAUGGGAGAUAAUCACGGUUUCUGCGCGAGCGCGUCUGGAGCUGCUGUUUUUGUCCUGUGUUACCAGCGUCUGCGCGAGCCGAACCCCCUGCUCGCGGCGUUUCGGUCUGGUGUUUGAGACUGCGACCAUUUCUAACAGAGCCGAGGUCCUCGUGAUUUUGACACGCGAAUACCAACGCGCUGGCGUCGCGCGCUUGACUUCGUUCAGAGCGAGCGGUUUGGAUCGGUGGGGCUUUGAUGUCAUCAUAGCUAAGCCCAGGUGAAGAUGUGGGUCAACCCCGAAGAGGUCCUAUUGGCCAGCGCGCUGUGGAUGACCGAGCGAGCAAACCCGUACUUUGUGCUUCAGAAGAGGAAAGGGCACGGGGCCGGCGGCGGCGGCCUCGCGGGUUUGCUGGUGGGAACUCUCGAUGUGGUGCUGGACUCCAGCGCACGUGUGGCUCCUUACAGAAUACUGUACCAGACCCCCGAUUCGCUGGCGUACUGGACCAUCGCCCAUGGGAGCUCCCGCCGGGAGGUCACUGAACACUGGGAGUGGUUGGAACAUCACCUCCUACAGACUCUGUCCAUCUUUGACAAUGAGAAUGACAUCACGACCUUUGUGAAAGGCAAGAUACAGGGCAUCAUCGCAGAGUACAACAAGAACCACGACAUCAAAGAAGACGACGAUACAGACAAGUUCAAGGAGAGCAUUGCUAAGUUCCGUAAGCUGUUCUCCAUGCCGGACGAGGAGAAGCUGGUGAACUGCUACUCCUGCACGUACUGGAAGGGGCGUGUCCCCAGGCAGGGCUGGCUGUACCUCAGCAUCAACCAUCUCUGCUUCUACUCCUACCUACUGGGAAAGGAGGCGAAGCUGGUGGUGCGCUGGGCGGAUGUGACCCAGCUGGAGAAGUGCGCCACCCUCCUGCUGCCCGACAUGGUGCGCGUGUGCACCCGCUGCAGCGAACACGUCUUCUCCGUCUUUCUCAACGUCAGCGAGACCUUCAAGCUGAUGGAGCAGCUGGCCAACAUCGCCAUGCGGCAGCUCCUGGACAACAAGACCUUCGAGCAGGACCGCUCCCUGCCACGGCUCAAGAAGAAGUCGCCCAAGAAGGUGUCAGCCCUGAAAAGAGACCUGGACGCCAGAGCUAAAAGUGAGCGCUACCGGGCGCUGUUCCGCUUGCCAAAGGACGAGAAGCUGGAUGGGCACACGGACUGCACGCUGUGGACCCCCUUCAACAAGACGCACAUCCUGGGACGGAUGUUCGUCUCCACCAACUACAUCUGCUUCACCAGCAAGGAGGAGACCGUGUGCAGUCUCAUCAUCCCCCUGAGAGAGGUGACCAUCGUGGAGAAGGCAGACAGCUCCAACGUCCUUCCCAGUCCGCUGUCCAUCAGCACCAAGAACCGAAUGACCUUCCUGUUUGCCAACCUAAAGGACCGAGACUUCCUGGUGCAGAGAAUCUCAGACUUCCUGCAGCAGACCUCCUCAAAGAUACACUUGGAGUUCACGGGGAGUCUGAACAGCUCCUAUGAUGAGCAGGGUAGUCUCCUCUCCUACACUCCGCACCGUAGCAGUCUGGGAUCAGACGAGAGUGAGCGCCAGUUCAACCUGAAUGAUAACAGCGUUCCCACAGCAACGCAGGCUCUCAUGACCAUGUACCGCCGCCGCUCACCAGAAGAGUUCAACCCCAAACUGGCAAAAGAGUUCCUGAAGGAGCAGGCCUGGAAGAACCACUUUGCGGAGUUUGGCCAGGGAGUGUGCAUGUACCGCACAGAGAAGACCAAAGACCUGGUGCUACAUGGCAUUCCCGAGAACAUGAGAGGAGAACUGUGGCUUCUGUUCUCCGGGGCGAUUAACGAGGUCGCCACCCACCCGGGCUAUUAUCAAGACUUGGUGGAGAAGUCGAUGGGGAAGUAUAACUUGGCCACAGAAGAGAUUGAGCGCGACCUGCACCGCUCCCUCCCCGAACACCCGGCCUUCCAGAACGAGAUGGGCAUCGCCGCGCUACGCAGAGUGCUCACGGCAUACGCCUUCCGCAACCCCAACAUCGGCUACUGCCAGGCUAUGAACAUCGUCACCUCCGUGUUGCUGCUUUACGCUAAAGAAGAGGAGGCCUUCUGGCUGCUGGUUGCACUGUGUGAAAGGAUGCUACCAGACUACUACAACACCAGGGUCGUAGGUGCACUGGUGGACCAGGGUGUAUUUGAGGAGCUGGCGCGUGUGCAUGUGCCACAGCUGUACGACUGUAUGCAGGACCUGGGCGUGAUCUCCACCAUCUCUCUGUCCUGGUUCCUGACGCUCUUCCUGUCCGUCAUGCCUUUCGAGAGCGCCGUGGUCGUGGUGGACUGCUUCUUCUACGAGGGCAUCAAGGUCAUCUUUCAGCUGGCGCUGUCUGUGCUCAAUGCCAACGUCCACCAGCUGCUCAGCUGCAAGGAUGAUGGAGAGGCCAUGACCGUGCUGGGCAGGUAUCUGGACAGUGUGACCAAUAAGGAUAGUCCACUUCCCCCGAUCCCCCACCUCCAUUCUCUCCUCGCUGACGACGGGGAGCGUCACCCUGAGGUGGACAUCCUCAAACUGGUCCACGGCUCCUAUGAGAAAUUUGGCUCCAUCCGGGCAGAUGUGAUCGAGCAGAUGCGUUUCAAACAGAGACUGAAGGUCAUUCAGACGAUUGAAGACACCACCAAGCGUAACGUGGUCCGAACCAUCGUCACGGAGACGGCCUUCAGCAUCGAUGAACUGGAGGAGCUCUACUCUCUCUUUAAGGCUGAGCACUUGACCAGCUGUUACUGGGGCAGCACCAGUAGCCCAACGGACCGGCACGACCCCAGCCUGCCCUACCUGGACCAGUACCGCAUGGACCUGGAGCAGUUUAAGGGCUUGUUUGGCGUGUUGUUUCCGUGGGCGGGCGGCGUUCACUCCGACAGCUUGGCCCUGCGCUUCUUCCGCCUGCUAGACCAAAACGCCGACGCGCUCAUCAACUUCCGCGAGUUCAUCGCAGGUCUCGGUGUCCUGUGCCAUGGAGACCUGACAGAGAAAUUAAAACUCCUCUAUAAGAUGCACCUAUUGCCAGAACUGCAUCAUGAACAGGAUGAGCCUGACUCGGCCUUUGAAGCCACACAGUACUUCUUUGAGGACAUCACCCCUGAGACGUCUCACGACCCCAAGGCGAAGAGUGAGAAGGACGAUGGUUUUGUGAGGGUCACCUUCAGAAACGAAAAAGUGAAAAGGGUGCAGACGCCCGACUAUCGCACCUACCUGCGCCUGUGGAACCAGGAGACCAGGUCCACGUCAGAGAACAUGAAGGAUCUCCCAAAGCUCAGCCAGGGUCAGUUCAUUGAGCUGUGUAAGACGCUCUACAACAUGUUUAGCGAGGACCCCAACGAGCAGGAGUUGUAUCACGCCACGGCGACGGUCACCAGCCUGCUGCUGGAGAUGGGGGAGGUGGGGAAGCUCUUCUGCAGCACGUGCAGCAAGGAGGACGGGGAUGAGCGGCCGCCUCUUCAUGGGACGAAGCAGCAGGGGCUCCAGCCAGAGCCUUUCCACGCAUCAGCAGGCCAGCCACGGGACGAGCCCCGGGACGAGCCCCCGGACGCGGCCGAGACCAGCACCGUCUCCGCACCCAUGGAGGACAUCAAGCUGGAGGACUCCUCGCCCAAGGACAAUGGCACGUCCUCCGCCAUGCUCAUCUCAGAUGACGAGACCAAGGACGACACGUCGGUGUCGUCGUACUCCGUGCUGAGCGCUGGCUCCCACGAGCUAGACGACAAGCUGCAGUGUGAGGACAUCAUGGAGGACACCGUGCUGGUGCGCAGCAGUGAGCCCCUCCCCCACAGCGCGAGCGUGGAUAAGGACUGGGCCAUCACCUUCGAGCAGUUCCUGGCGUCCGUGCUGACUGAACACGCGCUGGUGCGCUACUUUGAGAAGCCGGUGGACAUUGCAGCGUGCAUCGCCAACGCCAAGAAUGUGCGGAAGGUGGGCGAGGCACACGUGUCCGUCAGCGACUACGAGAUCUCUCUGUCUGGCUAAACAUCCCUUACACACAUCUCACCAUCAAACACAUCAACAAAUCCACAUCCAAGCAGACUGUGUCUGCAUAUUCAUGUCCUCAUCUGCAUAAUAACCUCCUCAUCUGCAUAUUUACAUCCACGUGGCUCUCAUUUCAUCUCAUUGCAUCUCCACUACCUUUCCGUGUAGCCUGUGUAGACCUGAACUUCAGUGUCCACACAUUUCUCUAAGACACUGGAUAAACACGGAUGUUUUGGUACAGAAAGAUUCGAUUCUGCCUGUUCUUGAAUCCGAAGCCUCUCACCUUCUUGGUCUGUACGAGGACUCUGAAUGUUUAUGGCUUGUGGAAAAUCGAAGCGGCUCUGAUCUUUUGAUCUACAGGAAGUCUAAACGGACUCUCACACAUAUUAAACAUUAAAGUGUGCUCACUGUUCUAAUGAUAUUUAAUUCAGGUAGACUGUGUUUAGUAGUGUUGUUACCAGUUACCGGUCCACUUUGACACUUGAAAGGAACUAGUCUGAGGAAUCUCUCCCAACGCACCUGAAACACUCCACCGUCGCUGGAGAGUAACGUUAUCCAAAUCCGAUUAUGCCAACUGAUCGGAGUGAUGCAGAGUUUCUCUAAUGCAACACCGUCUUGAAUGUAGGAUUCAUGAGACAGGUAGCGUCCGGGAGAAUGUGUGAGAACCUGGCUGAGGGAGAGGACUGCCGUGAUCCCAUUCCCUGCUGUGGAACGGGCGCGUGCCUGACCUCAUUCCCAGUGUUCUCCUGGGAAGUCACUACAGGGAAGGGUUGGGCCGUCCACAGGGGCGGAGAUGCGUCUCCACAUUCCUUACUGGACAAACAGUGCACUGAGUAGGGAACAAACAUUAACAUAAGGCUUUAGUAGUGCUGUCAUUUGGGACUCAAUCUCUCUCUCUCUCUCUCUCUCUCUCUCUCUCUCUCUCUCUCUCUCUCUCUCUCUCUCUCUCUCUCUCUCUCUCUCUCUCUCUCUCUCUCUCUCUCUGUCUCUGUGUGUGUGUCUGUCUGUCACUAGCACCCGCACUUUGAGUUAUUUUUUCAUGAUAAAUAAAGGUGUAUUUUACAGUAGGGGUCAUCUGCUAGCUGUCAUUUAGUGCUAGUCCUGUAGGGGCAGCAGUCCAGUUCUGCACACACAUCCUUCUGAACAUGUCCACAUGUCUACUUUUCUUCCACCGUUCGCUCACCCAUCACUGGCAUGUGGCAUGACUGUCUACUUUUUUAAUAGUUUUUAUUUGGUUUUUUUUUAUGCUGUGCUGUUUUGUUUCUUUCUCUGUAGGUGGUUUUAAUUGUCCUGUAAAUGAUCUGCUCCAAAUAUAUUAAACUACAGACAGCACGAUCCUACGCUGCACAUCAGA